AUGGCUACCAACGGUAACGGUCCCGCUGCUGCUCUCGCCCCCGGCCACUUCCUCUUCACCUCCGAGUCUGUCGGUGAGGGUCACCCCGACAAGAUCUGUGACCAGGUGUCCGACGCUAUCCUCGAUGCUUGUCUUGCCGAAGACCCCUUCUCCAAGGUCGCCUGUGAGACCGCUGCCAAGACCGGUAUGAUCAUGGUCUUCGGUGAGAUCACCACCAGGGCCAAGCUCGACUACCAGAAGAUCAUUCGAGACACCAUCAAGCAGAUCGGUUACGACUCUUCUGAGAAGGGUUUCGACUACAAGACCUGUAACGUCCUUGUUGCCAUUGAGCAGCAGUCUCCUGAUAUCGCUCAGGGUCUCGAGCACGGUGGUCUUGAGGCCAUUGGUGCUGGUGACCAGGGUAUCAUGUUCGGCUACGCUUCCGACGAGACCCCCGAGAUGAUGCCCCUUACCAUCAUGCUCGCCCACAAGCUUAACGCCGCUUUGGCUGCUGCCCGACGAGACGGUACUUUGGGCUGGCUCCGACCCGACUGCAAGACCCAGGUCACCAUCGAGUACAAGAAGGGCGAGGACGGAGCUAUGAUUCCCCUUCGAGUCGACACCGUCGUCAUCUCUACUCAGCACGCUGAGGAGAUCUCUACCGAGGAUCUCCGAACGGAAAUCCUUGAGAAGAUCAUCAAGAAGGUCAUCCCCGCCAACCUCCUCGACGACAAGGUUGUCUACCACAUCCAGCCCUCUGGCCGAUUUGUUAUCGGUGGUCCCCAGGGUGACGCCGGUCUUACUGGCCGAAAGAUCAUUGUCGACACCUAUGGUGGUUGGGGUGCCCACGGUGGUGGCGCCUUCUCCGGUAAGGACUGGUCCAAGGUCGACCGAUCUGCCGCCUACACUGCUCGAUGGAUCGCCAAGUCCCUCGUCGCCGCUGGUCUUGCCCGACGAGCUCUUGUCCAGCUCUCCUACGCCAUCGGUGUCGCUGAGCCCCUCUCCAUCUUUGUCGACUCUUACGGAAGCAGCAAGAAGACCGACGCCGAAUUGGUCGACAUCAUCAGGCAGAAUUUUGACCUCCGACCCGGACUCAUCGUCCAGGCCCUCGACCUCCAGAAGCCCCAGUACCUCAAGACUGCCGCUUACGGUCACUUCGGUAACCCCAACUACUCUUGGGAGAAGCCCAAGCAGCUUACCCUCUAA